AUGCCCAGAGCUCAUAUUCCUAGGCGUGCCUUGAGGAUCAAGUCAUGUACCAUCGUCCAUGGCGCAGCAGAAGGCACCGAGCGCGGAGUACAGUACUGUGCACAUGCUUUACUACUAGAAGCUAUCCCUACCGCUACUGGCGGCAUUGUGACUACCGGGGCCCUUGUGACCGCCAGGGCUGCCGUGGCGGCUAGUGUUGCUAUGACUAUUACAGUCCUUGUCACUACUAGGGCUGCUGCGGCUGCUGAGUCUGCUGGGGCGGCCAUGACUGCUGGAGCCGCGGUGAAUGCUGGAGCCGUCAUGACCACGCCGGCCGUUGUGACUGCUAGGGCUAUUGCUCCCAACGACUAUGAAAAGUUUGUGCUGUAA